AUGAACAGCCAAAACUCGAGCUCUGCCCCUAGCGGCAGCGAGGGUGCGGCUCUGCCGUGGAUACUGGAGCACCUUCUGGCAUAUCCCGGCAGCUACGAGAUCCCUCUACGCACCAUGUACACGCUCAACUCUUCACCCCGAAUGACGGAUCUAUCCAGCGUGUCUCCCACUUUGAAUGGCUCUGCUUUUUCGAAGGCCGGCACAACUCCAUCUCCAACUGGUUCUGCACCCUCUUCGCGUCAUGAGAAACACGGAUCUAGCGACUCUUCCAUGUCGGAUACCGCUGCUCGAUUUAAGGCCCAGAUGAUGGCCCAGAUAGCUCAGCUGCCAUCACAGCCAGCUUCUCUUCCGCCAAGCUUCAUCACCUCUUUCGUUCGACGGUCUUUCCCCCCUGUACUAGAGGAGGUAGAUUUUCCACAGGCCUUGACCGCGCUAGACUAUCUCCGAGACUUGGAAAACCGCCGCAAGAGAGAAGUUGUUAACGCCUUUGACAGAUUGGGCCUUACUGGAACCGAAAGCGAGAGACAGGAGCUCUCUAGACGGUACCCCGGUGUCCUGGCCUGGCUUAACAAAAUCCAGGAAAACGAGAGAAACGUCAUUGCCCUCUACACUCAAGUAUAUCUCCGCAUCCGAUAUUGGGCGCUAGUGAACGAGAUGCUUCUUACUCCGUUUAACAGAUACAAUUGCAUUGCCCUGUUGAACACUCUGUUUCCUCCACUGGAUUCCAGACCACCAACUCCACAUCUCAACGGAAAGCUGCUGCUAGAUCAUCGAAUGCGGUUCUAUGACUAUAUCUGCUCCUUUGAGAAAAAGGGUGUGCAGGUACUAAAACAUGUCAUCGAACAAGAUAAACGGCCAGAGGAUAAGACUGGUUGGCCGGUUGCUAGAUGCAUGAUUGAUAAGUACCUUGACUUGGCAAACAGCAUGAUUAGCGAAUGCUCCGAGGUCACCGGUUGCCAACACUUUGCAGAAGCCUCUGAAGGACAGCGCAAAGGACGAAAAGUCGACUCUGGAAUUAGCUUCACCUCUUCUGAGCGCCCCUCGACAAGUGGAAGCUCCUCCAGCAGUUCUAAAAACCUUACAAAGCCCUCCACACCACCAUCUCAAAGCCCGCAGCUUAAGGGUACAAAUGGAUCUACUCUAGAAAAAAUCGCUCGGGAAAUCAAGAAAUUAAAAUCUCGCGGCGAUCUAAGAGAUGCAGCCAAGGAACCUAAACGACCAAACACCGUCAAGAAGAUCAAGUCGUCGGGCCUCCUAAGGGAAACCAUGCGUGGUCUAUCCUUGAGUGAUGAGCCUACUUUUGACCCAGACAAGUUCAAGCAACAGAGAAAACAAUGGGAAGCAAAACAUGCACACAAGCUCAGACAAGCAGCUGAGUGA